AUGACACCAUGUUCCGCGUUAUCCUCCAGUGUGAUAUCCAAAAGUUCCCAGCUUGUGUACGAUCCAGUACUGCAAGGCGAAGAAAUGGACUUCUCUAAUGUUGACUUUGCGGAGUUUGGCCAUAGCAGCUACUACCAACUACCAACCCCAGUCGAUCAUGCGAAUGGAUCCAGUCCAGAUGUUACCCAGCUAGAGCUAGAUCUGAAUAUGAACGACCCCCGAAUUGAGGUUUUCAGCGUCUCGGACCUUAAUGCCGCGUCCUACUCGUGGCCUUCAUCUACAAUGGUCAUAGAAAAACCACUAGAUCCUAGCCUUGACAAACGAUUUGAGCGAGCUACCCCCGUAGUGGGAAUUGAGCGACAAUGCCAGCCGUAUUUCGAGAUUGUUCGGAAACACAUAAUGAUCAUUGACCAGCAAGAGUUUUUGCAAUCUAUCAUCUCUGUAGAGAAACAUCAAUGCAUGGCGCUAAAACAUGCAGUUGCCAUGUCCGGGUCGAAUGCUUGUGGAGAGUCAGAAUUAGCAAUGGAGUCCUACCUGGCUGCCCGCUUCCACCUCGAAAGGGCCGAGAACCUAGCAGACAGCUCUUCUUUCUUAAACAUUGAGACAGUUCAAGCUUUGAUUCUUGUUGCCAGAUUUGAAUGUACUCACGUCAGCGGACCGAAAGCGCUUCUAACCAUAGCACGUCUUAUGCAAUUGAUAGGUCUGCUUGGAUACGACAGGUUAGAUCAAAGCUCGCCCGAAGACGAUGACGAUAGCUCUCAUAUCCUAGUACCCAAUCCCCACAGCUCUGGAAGUCUUCAGAAGAUACGGCAAACUUAUUGGGUCGCAUUCUCGAUACAUUGCAAUGCAGCUGCAAGCUUUCCCUCCUGUCUGCCUGUCAAAGAUAAAGACAUUUUUACUACAAUGCCAGCCCCCAACUCAGCGAUAGAUUCUGCUGCAGACCAGGUUGUGUAUCUUCCUGAAGAAAUCACAGCAAGCACGGCAAGUAGGCUCAGCGUCUUUUCACUCUUUAUCAUUGCCAUGAAGCUUGUCGUAUGCGGAGACCGCCAUCGCCAGAUGACCAAGAAAUAUGUAUCGGACGCCGCAUCUGAUUAUAAUUUCUGUAUUGUCCAUGAGAAAAUAAGGGGACAGGCUUCAAUCGCGUUCAACUCUCUAUCGACACCGGAGUUUCUAGAUCGGCCAGAUCCCGAACUCCGAGUACUCACCUUUAUUGUUAUCUUGGGCGUUCGCAUAGAUUGGUACAAAACCGCCAUUAUUGGGUCCCGGAAAGCCGAGUUCUUAACUUCUGCCGCCAGAGAAUACCGAAAUUCAGCACUCGCUGUUGCGAACGCUAUGUGCGAUUUGGUUUUACAAGCUGAUAUUACCGAUGCCAAACAAGUUAUGUGCCCCCAAAUGAUAUUAAGCUUCCGCGAAGUUGGAGAACAUAACGGGCUCACUCAUGAAUACCUUUAUUUGCCAAACAUAAGAGAACGUACGCUAACGUAA